AUGUUUAAACUUCUUCGUAUCAUCACUCCGUCCCUGGCUCUUUGGUUCUUAACACCAGGACAGUCGACUUCGUUCACAUUGCGUGGGCAUCUCCCUCAGUCCCAUUCGCUGUACCUUUUCUCCCCAAUUUCUUCUAGACUUUCCAAAGGCACAAAAGCAGGACAGACAGCGCCUCUUAUGCAUCCUGACGGAACCACUGCGCCUGAUUCCUGGAGGCUCACGAACCCACCAGACUCCGUUGAGGCGGGGGCCACUGAGGGUGCGGCAACAGGUUCCUCAAUCCCACAUGGAUCACCGGAGGCAACAGGUGACAAGGUUGGUGAAAACAAUGACAGAGACCAAUUGACCGCUUCGGGGGGGGAACGUUCGCAGCCAUUCAUGGAGUGCGUCAAAAAAGUGAUACCGCCGGGUGGUUUGGUCUCCACGGUGUUCAAUCUCGCUGCCAUGUGCAUCGGUGCCGGCAUCCUCGGUCUUCCCGCAGCAGCUAAUAGCAGCGGUCUGGUGAUGAUGUUUGUGUAUCCUACAGUUAUUGUUUUUCUUUCCAUAUACUCGCUCUACUGCCUCGCCACGCAGAUAGAAAGGCACGGUCUAAAGUCCUACGAAGGCAUGUCGAGGGCGCUGCUGGGUCCAUGGUCCGCUUACCUUACUGGCGUGCUGCGUGCGCUCAAUACCUUUGGCGCCUGCGUGGCGUUUAUCAUUGCCGUGGGUGAUAUCCUGAGUGCCAUUCUAAAGGGUACCAACGCUCCAGAUUUCCUGAAGCAGAAGUCAGGCAACCGAUUGCUAACGUCCAUCAUCUGGCUAUGUUUCAUGCUCCCACUUGUAAUACCCCGCAGCGUAAACACACUCCGCUACAUAUCAACCAUAGGAAUUACAUCCAUCUGCUACCUUGUUGUCGUUAUCGUGGUGCAUUCGUACAUGAAUGGAUUACCCGACAACAUCAAAAAAGUGCAUUUGACUGGUGCCCCAGGUGAUGAAGGCAUUCACCUCUUUGGCACAGGAAAUAAAGCAGUGGAAGGUCCGGGCGUCUUCAUGUUCGCUUUUCUCUGCCAAGCGAAUUCGUUCGAAGUAUACUUGGGCAUGCCGCAACCCAACGUGCACAGGUUUACAGCCUACACAGCCAUCGCCAUGGCCGUAUGCUUCGUGCUGUGCAUUUUCGCAGCCUUCUUUGGUUACCUGGAUUUUGGUGGGGCUGUUACUGGAUCUGUGCUUCUGAUGUAUGACCCAGUGAAUGAACCUGCAAUUAUGGUCGGUUUCGUUGGUGUGCUCGUCAAGCUGUGUGCGUCAUAUGCAUUGCUGGCAAUGGCUUGUCGUAAUGCACUGUAUAGUUUUGUUGGGUGGGAUGCCGACGAGGUCGCCUUCUGGAAGCAUUGCGUUUUUGUGAUCUCCCUCUCUGCGGUUAUCUUAUUGUGCGGUCUCUUCAUCCCAACCAUAAACACGGUGUUUGGCUUCGUUGGGGCUGUUUGUGGAGGCUUUCUUGCCUUCAUCCUCCCUUCGCUAUUCAUCAUGUAUGGCGGGGGCUGGUCCCUGAAGACGGUUGGAUGGUGCCACUACCUUGCGACAUAUGCAGUGCUGUUUGCAGGGGUGGCAUUAUGCGUAUUUGGUACAGGCGCUACCGUGUACAGUGUCGCAGUGGAGUGGUAA